UAACUACGUCUGUCGAUGGUGUAAAGACUACAAAACUGUUAUGCUCUUCGGGACUUUGAAGGUGUCAAUUAAUGUGCAUAAGUUGGUAAUCCUCGGUAAAGUACAGGAAUGCAGUGAGAGACAAGCUACGGAACCUUACUGAGUGGAAAAUUCGAAAUUCCGGGAACAUAAUUGGAUUAUGAUUGUUGUUAUGUGAGCACGCGAUCUGACAGGGACGGAAGAAGAGAUGCGAAGCAAAUCUCCAAAAGGACGAAAGCACGUAUCAUUCCGCAAUUGAUCGCGGAGUAGCGAAAGAAACAGAUGUGAGAUGGAGGAUGUGAAGAAAGACAAGAAGUCUCUAUCCUGCUCGCCCUGCAUCGAUGCACUCUGGUUUUGCUACUCUCCAGUGUUUCAGGUGAAGCAGUACUACCGAGAGGGGGAACUUGAUAGCUGUAAAGAGAAAUGGACAGAACUUUUCAGCUGCAUUUCGUUGAAGACGAGGCCUGCUUCUGAAGUCGAGGCGAUUUUAAAAGAGCGCGAAGUCACAAGGGAGCAUAUAUGGCAGUUUCGGAGUCAGCAAGCAGCGGCGGAGCACUGGGAGGAAGAGUUUGGACAUCUAGAGGAGUAAGGGCAACUUCGCCGCGGUCUUAUUUAGCUGAUUGUCAGAUCAGCCUUGGUACCAAAGUACAUGAACAGACUGAAUAUUGGACAUUUGCUCUGUCGAUUAUUUGGAUAGUUGAUGCCACAUCACGACUUCAACAAUUCAUGGUCUAGGGCGGUGAGCAAUAUGUAAUUCUCAGACUUGGCAUGUGAUUUUUCACUUGAAUUUUCGACCUCAGAACUUGCAAGUGCAACAAAAACUUGCUGAGAUCUUGUUUUGCAGAUUUUGAAAGAAAAUGGGGAAUGUCUGUGGAAAUAUCACGAGCAGUCUUUUCAUACCUAGCUGCUGCAGGGAUAUGCUGCCGAAGUUGCAAAAGAUUUGACAAGGUGUUAGUAGCGAGGAGAUGUUUUAUACUAUCAGAAAUUGUUCACUCUUAUCAACUAUCUUCUACUGUUUUAGUUUUCAAAAUGAAGACUUUACAGGCUAGAUUACCUAGGAAUUUUCUACCCAUAUAUGCUGAAACUAGCCUCGAUGGGCAAUCUUUCUGUCGUGUUAGUGACAUCCGCACUCGGGAGCAGUCGAGUAAGGUUUACUGGGUAUGCGGAACGUUAUUCUGUUGGAACCUCUUGGAGGUAGUUCUUCAUGCCUCACA